AAUGUCAGCGCUUGCGUGACGCAGAAAGUGUUCGCCGACUGGCUGCAGGGCUGUUUUGUUCCUGAGGUGGACAAGCACCAGCUGUCGACGGACUCCGCCAGUCGCGUGCUGCUCCUGGCGCAGCCCAGCGCUGGCCACCACCUGACCGAAGAGCUGAAGUCGGAGAGGGUGGACGUCAAGGCGCUGCCAGCAAGCACAGCGUCAUUGACCCACCCUAUGCACCAAGGCCCCAUUGCCACGCUGAAGGCGGCGUUCCGGGAGAGGUUGGUGCGGAGAUUGCACGAGGCAAACGACGUCAUCGAGUUCUAUCGGGACUAUGAUCUGCGAGACUGUGUCAACUUCUGCGCCGAGUCCUGGGCAGAGCUGACCGAGUGCGCCCUUCGUAGCGCCUGGAUGAAACUGGUCCCUGUGCUCCGACUAGAGGAGGCGGAGACCCCGACAACCACCAGCCACGAGGAGGCCCUGGUGGAGAUGGUUCGACUGCUGCAACCCCUCGCCAAGGACAUCGCCAUCAAGGAUGUGUCCGAGUGGCAACACCAGCUGACACUGUUGGAGGCCGGCUACGUUCCUUGCAACGCCCACGACGAUGUCAUGCAGGAGCACGACGCCGUUGACACAAGUGAUGACGCCGAUGCUCUUGUUGUAACAAAUGCCUUUGCGGUUUUAAAAAAGUGGGCUUCUAAGAAAUCGAGCAAAGCAAAAUUUCAAUUUGAUGAAUUGUUCAGUAGUUUUUACCUUUAAUCCAAAAUACUGAUUAAUUGUGCCUGUACUGUUAUCACUGCCAAGUUUACCACGUAGUUGUUGUUUUAUUUUAAAUCGAACGUACUGUAAGUAUCACACACAACUGAAUAAAGAUGCAAUAUAUUACUCCAUA